CUGAGAUUCUCGACGAUUUACAACUUCGUGAAAGCACACAUCAAGCUUUGAAGCCAUUGAUUUCUCAUAUUCGAAAGCCUAUGAGCUUUUAACACAAUGCCGCCUCCACCUCGUCAACGGCCAAUUCAAAAAUUCGCUGCAGCCGUCUCACAAUGUUCCGCUGAGGCAAGCGUAUAUGGGAAAUGCAUCGUUGUCGAUUAUAAUUCAGUCCAUAAGGAUAAAUGUGUCAACGAAUUCCUUAGAUUAAAAGACUGUUUUCUCAAAGCAUCGAAACAGACUCGAUGAUGGUGGCACAUUAUCAACGCCUCUUUAUAAAUAGAAUUAGGCAUAAAGCUUGGGGUUUCUAGGUAUCUUCGGUAUCCUACUCUCGUCAAAUAGCUGAUGGGAUAUAUUCAUGAGAACUUCAAAGUUCCAGCGACUGAUUAUGAAAGCUACCGAUCCUUCACAACAUACAUAAUAUACCUUAAAAACAUGACGAUAAAUAAAUUCAAGCUUGAGAGG